AUGUUAACAUACCUAUCGACAGGAUUGCUGCUCUUUUCGGACGUGAGCAGGCCUGCUAGUCAGUUCGCUGCCGCUCAUGGUACAGGCUUCCGCAUCCGCUCUUCGCCUUCUCAGGACGAGCUGAAUGUACAUUUUGGUGAAGGCGAAGAAGUUCGUUCUCUGCCUGAAUUACAUUUACUUGGACGCCGGGGUCCCCAAUCCUGUGGUGCUGGUGUCGGCUCCUGUCCAGCCGGACAAUGUUGCUCUUCCGGUGGACUCUGCGGCACAGGAACUUCUUACUGUGAGGGACCUGAUUGUCAACUUGAUUAUGGGCCAGCUUGCGAUGGAAACAUCGCACCACCUGGAUCAUCUACCCUCAGCGUCCCUCGUCCGCUCUGGGGCAAUCAAGUUUAUGGCGGCCGUGGUCUCUUCCAUUGCCAAACCCCAGGGACAAUUGCCCUUACCUUCGAUGACGGUCCAUAUCUGUACACCCAAACAGUUCUUGAUACUCUUCAAAAAUACAAGGCAACAGCCACCUUCUUCAUAACAGGAAACAACAUCGGCAAAGGCCGCAUUGAUGACCCAACACUUCCAUGGCCAGGCAUACUACGCAGCAUGUAUGCUGCUGGUCACCAACUGGCGAGCCAUACCUGGACACAUCAGGACUUGAGCCUCACCAAUGCUACUCAGCGCCAAAAUCAAAUGGUGUACAACGAAAUGGCCUUCAGGAAUAUCUUCGGCUGGUUUCCAACCUAUAUGCGCCCCCCGUUUACCUCCUGUUCCUACGCGUCUGGCUGCGAGGAUCAUAUGGCCGCCCUAGGUUACCACAUGAUUUAUCUGGACAUAGACACAAAGGACUAUAUUAACGACUCUCCGAAUCUAAUUCAGAAUAGCAAGGACUAUUUUUCCGGCAACGUCUCGGGCAAUGCGGCAAAUAGUAGCUACCUCAGCUUGAGUCAUGACACCCAUUUCCAAACGGCAAUCAACUUGACUGAAUUCAUGUUGCAGACACUGCAGGCGAGAGGCUUCAGAGCAGUAAGCGUGGGUGAGUGUUUGGGAGACCCGAAGAUAAAUUGGUAUCGGAAUGCAACCAACGGUGCUGCUCUUUCCAGCAGCGUCAGCUCGAGUUCCAGUACAGCCAGCAGUUCACCUGCAGCACAAACCCCCACCAUCUCCAGCUCAAUCUCAAUCUCAAUAACCACCUCAACAACUACUUUGAAAACUUCAACCACAUCCUCACGGACGUCUUCCAGCGUUUCAUCUUCGCCUACAGCCCUAGUAAUCACAAAAGAUGGCUCCUGCUCUUCACGAAGCGGGGGGUUAUACACCUGCAAAGGGUCGGCCUGGGGUGAUUGCUGUUCUGCCUAUGGGUGGUGCGGCAAGACAUCCGCUUAUUGCUCAGGAGGCUGCUUGCCUUCGUAUGGGACAUGCGCGCUGAGCACAGGGGUGAUCGUCUCGGCGAAUGGCAUGUGUGGAUCCGCGGUGAAUCAGACGUGUCUUGGUUCAACCUAUGGAAAUUGUUGUUCCAAAUAUGGAUUUUGUGGGAACACGACGGCAUACUGCGCCACGGGCUGUCAGGCUGGUUUUGGGACUUGCUCGUGA